AGAUGCGUCCUGAUCCACACUCCUUACCAGUAGGUGGCGGUAAUGGACACCAAUAAGUUGCUUGUCAACCGCCAUUAAACCCAGAAACAACAGCAGCCAUGGCCGAACUGAACCGGCAGCUCCAGGAGUAUCUCUCCCAGUCCAAGAGCGGCGGAACCAAGUCCAGCUCCAGCACCUUGGUGGAGGUGGGAGAACCGGAGGCGGUACCGGGCAGCUGGUUCGGUCGGUGGUCCAGUCCGUGGUCCGGUCAGAGCUCCGCGGGAAGCAGCGGCUCCUCCUGGCCCUGGUCCUCCGAACCGGACCCGUGCCUCCCCGGGGUGAGCCGGCAGCAGCGGCUGCUGGGCUUCGGCGUCUGCCUGGGCCUGUCGGUGCUCUGCUUCGGACUCUCGGCUCUCUACGCCCCGCUGCUGCUCCUCUACGCCCGGAAGUUCGCCCUGCUCUGGACGCUGGGCUCCCUGUUCGCCGUGGCGGCGGUGUCGGUUCUGCGGGGCCCCAGUAAGCUGCUGUCCGGCCUGCACCGGUCCCCCGGAGCCGCCGCCUACCUGUGCGCCCUGGCUGGGACUCUGUACGCGGCGCUGGGCCUCCACAGCACGGUGCUGACCGCGCUGGGAGCCGGCCUGCAGGGGGCGCUGCUCCUGGGGGGCCUGCUGGCCCUGCUGCCCGGGGGCAGCGCCGGGAUCCGGUAUCUGAGCGGCUGGACGCUCUCCGUCCUCAAGAGGACCGUCAGCGGCAGAACCAUGGCGAUCUGAGCGGAACCGACCCAGAGACUAAACCCUCAGCGCUGACUGCCAGGACCACAGACCUAAAACUGAUGGAGGGGGAAUUAAACCCUCAGCGCUGACUGCCAGGUCCA